CCCACCAUUUCUUCUAAAGCUUAAAAAUAAAUAAAGUAAAUUACUUUUUUUUUUCUAUGCACAUUAGAAUCAAAGGUUUCACCAGAAGCAACUAGUGGGCAAAAAUUUUGAGAGACAGAUGCAGGGAGGUGUCAAAAGAGAUCGAUGGGGUUACGACGUGAGGAGCUCUUCAGACGCUUGCAUCUCGGCCAUCAACGACUACUACGACCAGGUGUUAAUUUAUGGGAGAGAGAGGUCUGUGAUUUUGAAAGCGACCUUACAUGACCGAGACUGCGUUUUGGCCAACAUUUUGGUUGCUCAUUACCUUUCCUCCUCGGACCCUUCUCAAGCUCUCUUCUAUCUUCAUGCUGCGGCAUCUCGACUCGAACAAGCUACAUCGUACGAGAAAGCAGUUUUCGAUGCUGUCAAUAGUUUGAUUUCUGAGAACAGAGACGACGAUGUUGCUCUUGAGAUGCAUUUCAAGCUCCUGGAUGAUUUUCCAAAAGAUUUGGCCUCUUUGAAAAGGGCCCAAGUGAUCUGCUUCUACAUGGGACGAGCCGAUUUGUCGCUGACUCUAGUUCAGCAGGUGCUUCCUCAAAAUCAACUAGAAAAUUACAUAUACGGUUUGCUUGCUUUUCCUUUGUUGGAGCUAGGCCAAAUGGAAGAGGCUGAAAAAGCUGCAAGAAAAGCAUUAGAGAUUAACAAGGUCGAUUGCUGGGCCCAGCAUAAUUUCUGCCAUGUUCUUCAGUAUGAAUGUCGUUUUAAAGAAGCUGUACAAUUCAUGGAAGAUUGCUCAUCUUCGUGGGCUUCUUUGUCAUCAUUUAUGAUCACACACAACUGGUGGCAUGUAGCACUUUGUUACAUGGAGGGUCAUUCGGCUAUCGAAAGAAUUGUAGAGGUCUAUGAUCAACAUAUUUGGAAGGAGUUAGAAAGAGCUGAUGCAUCAGUUCCAGAGGUUUACUUGAAUGCCGUGGGAUUGUUAUUGCGAGUGCAUGUUCGUGGUGAAAUUGAUGUUUUUAGGGACCAUCUAAAAUCUUUAGCAAGUUGCCUUACAGAUCAACGAAACUGGUUUAUGGAGUGGCACUUUGAUGUGUUGAUACUGUGGGCACUGGCCUAUUCUAACGAGCUUUCUAAAGCUGAAGAUUUACUCAAAGGCUUAAGAUCCAGAUUUUUGAAGAUGAAUAGCAAGAAACAACAAUUGAUGCAGAGAGGAAUGUGGCUAGCAGAAGCCAUGUAUGAGUACGGGAAAGGUAAUUACAAACAAGCACUGGAUUUUCUGGAGCCUGACUUCGAUGCUGUUGACUACAAGAUUAUUGGGGCCUCUGAUGAGCAAGUUGAUGUGUUCAAUGAAGUCUGGUACUCAAUGUUGUUGAAUACUGGACAAGCUUUGAAAGUGAUUGAAGUACUUGGAGCAAGAAUUAAAAAGAGGCAAGGAGUCCCUUUCUUGUGGAGGCUUCUGGAAAGAGCGUACACCAUAGUUGGUAGCAAAGAAGCGACUAUUGUAGGUGAGAAGGCCAAAGUUUUGGAGACUGCAUAUUUCAAAUAGUUGUGAAAUCUCUUUUUGGCUUUCCCAUCUUUGGAUGAUCACUGCUGUAAUAUUGGCCACUCAGUAAUCAGUAUGUACAUAUAACAAAUGAAUGGACAUUUCAUUUUCCACUAGUUCAAACUAGGGUAAUUCCCAUUUGAUA